CGUAUAAGAGUAAAUAUCGAUUAAUAUAGGUGUAUAAAUGUGGAUGUGUGCGUACAUGCGUGUUAAUCAGGCUAAAUAUAUUCAAUGCGAUUCUAUUUUUCCAAGAACAACAUUCUACGUAAAUACGUGAUGAAAUUCCCAGCGGUCAGUAUAUUUGUAGUGAACUACGUAGCAACAUUUGAGUUGUGCCAGCACAGUUAUCAGUUGGGAUAGAGGGGGGAUAUUUGGCUGUUGAUUAUGAUAACUGAAUUUGCUGUGGAUGUAACAUGACGUGGAAUCCGUUGAAGAGGAACCACUUGACGCAAAGGCCAUCCCCAGCGCCACCCUUGCUUUCGCAUGCGGAAGAUAGAGAUUUGGAUGUCACUGUUCAGAAGCUCAUACAUGCCGAAGAUACUAUUAGGAAGCUGACCAAGGAAAUGAAAAAGUAUUUAGAGGCAGUUGCUAAUCUAGACCGAGCUGAUCAGCGACUGAGUAUGAACUUGAGUACAAGUGGACUAGCUCACCUCAGUGAUGAGUUCAGAAGGAUAGUUGAAGACUAUCAUUCCGUUACUACUCAAGUAGGCAAAACGGUCCAGGAAAUGAUUCACCUUUGCCAAAAAACUUUUAUAGAGCCACUAAAAAAACUUCGAGACGAAUUUGCUCUGAUUGCUGCAGCUAUUACCAAACGCGAGGAACUUGUCAAUAACUGGAAGUACUUGCAUAAUCGAGUCAGAAAACUACAGGAAAAAAAGGAUAGAGCAGCUAGCCAUAUUGCUAAAUUAGAAAGGGAACGUCGGGCAGAAGAGGUGGCUGGAAAAGAAUUGAGAACUGUUCAUGCUCAGUUACUGGUUGAAUUGCCAGCAUUUUUAGACAAGAGAUUGGAAUAUAUCAAGCCAAGCAUUCAUGCCUUGAUAAUGAUUCAAUUAGAUUAUUAUGGCAACACGACAAGACUGUUUACACAUCUGAUGCCUGUACAAAAUUCAUCCGAUUCUCCUGGGAGUGCUAUGAUGCCAGAGGCAGAGUAUCAACAAUUGAUCGCUGGGCACAUGAAUGAAAUACGAGCUCUUACUAUUGUCAAAGAUAACUGAUUACUAGAUUUCCGGAUAUGGUCUCCACGUUUAGAGAGCCUUCGUUCUUCAGCUUUAGCACGUAACACAGCUGGAUCUUGUACAAACUGAGUUCUAUCACUGUUUGUGCUGGUUUUUGCAUUUUGGUCCUGCUCAUCUUCUUCAUCAUCUGAAGGACCUUCAUAUUUACUUUGUGUUUGAAGCACCUGUAACAAAUAUAUCAAUGUAUCUGAAAAAUUUUUCUGUUUCCGAGUCGAUUCACUACUAAAUUGUAAUUACAAUUAUCAUCAGGAAGGUCUCAUGUCAAAUCAUAGAAAGCAGCCAAGAAUUAUUUUCCUGUCUGUUUCAAUCAUUCCAGUUGUAUCAAUACUUUUUUCCAUAUGGCCGAAUUCGGUGUGGAAAUGGAAA